GAGAGAGAUGGAUAACUUGGGUAGUAACUACGUAAAGAAAGUGAAAAACCUGUGCAGUGAUUCAUGGCAGCUGACGAGGUUGUUCCUCCGCUGCUCUUACAGCUAUCUCCUCUUCACACUCAACCCAUUCUUGAUACACAUCUUCCAUUUCUUCAACCCAUUCUCCACACGCAUUCUCUAUUUCUCAUCUCUCUCGUUUGCCGGUUUCGGAAUUCUCAACGCAUUGAAGCCAAGAACCGCCGCAUUAUUCGCACCCAAAACCCUAGAUUUAUUCUUCACGUCGGUCUCCGUCGCCACCGUCUCGUCCAUGUCCACCGUGGAGAUGGAGGUUUUCUCCAACUCACAGCUACUCGUUAUUACCGUCUUGAUGUUCCUCGGCGGCGAGGUUUUCACUUCCAUGGUGGGCCUUCAUUUCACUCACACGUACUCCAAGAACAUCACUAGAUGGAAGAGCGAGGGUAGAGUCGAGUCGGUAGAAAGCGGGCCCACCUCGCCGAUUCCGGCGGAAUAUUCUUUCGAUCAAAUCGACUUGAGUAUCGCCGAGGUACUCGAAUCUGGGUUAACUCGGUUCGACUCGCGCCACAACGUAUUAAACUAUUCAUAUUAUAAUAAUAGUAAUAAUACAUUUCUAAAAUAUGAUUCUAUAAAGUUUUUAGGGUAUGUGGUGUUGGGUUAUCUUCUGGUGAUACAGUUUCUAGGGUUGGCUUCUGUUCUACUGUAUCUAAGCGUCGUCGAAAGCGCGGGAAAUGUGAUUCGAAAGAAGGGGAUCAAAACGGCGACGUUUGCUGUUUUUACGGUGGUUUCGACGUUUGCGAGCUGCGGGUUUCUACCGACGAACGAAAACAUGAUUGUGUUUAGAGAGAAUUCUGGGUUGAUGUGGAUUCUGAUUCCACAGAUUCUGCUCGGGAACACGUUGUUUCCUUCGUGCUUGAGAUUUACGAUAUGGGUUCUCGGGAGGAAGGUUAAGAAGGCGGAGGCAGAGUUUUUGAUGAAGAAUGCGGCGGAGGUGGGGUACCUGCACUUGCUUCCUGGUCUGCAUUCUGUGCUGGUGGCGGCCACGGUGGUGGGGUUUGUUUUGGUUGGGUUCUUGAUGUUCUGCUCUCUCGAGUGGGAUUCGGCGGCGUUGGGUGGGCUGAGUGGUUACCGGAAAGUUGUGGGUGUGCUUUUCCAGUGUGUCAAUGCCAGGCAUACCGGCGAGACUAUUGUCGACCUCUCUACGGUUGCUCCGGCGGUUUUGGUGUUUUUCGUCGUCAUGAUGUACCUUCCUCCAUAUACUUCAUUUCUACCUAUAAUCAAGAGGGAUGACGACCAGCAACAAAACCCUGAAAUAAUAAGGAAUCAAAAAAGAAAAACGUCAGCAGAAAACCUCGUUUUUUCGCAGCUUUCUUAUAUCGUUAUCUUCAUCAUUCUCAUAUGCAUUACGGAGAGGAAAAGCCUUAAAGAUGAUCCUAUCAACUUCAGCGUCUUAAAUAUCAUAGUCGAAGUCGUAAGGUAACUAACUAACUAACUAAUAUAAUUAACCGAAAUGUUAAUUAUUUAAAUCCUUCUACAAUUGUUUAUAUAUGUGUAAAAAUUAUUAAAUGUUUUAAAAAAAAAUUGGAAUAAUCGCAGCGCCUACGGGAAUGUGGGUUUCACAACCGGGUAUAGCUGCGGGCGUAAGGUUAGCCCGGAUCCGAACUGUGUGGAUAAAUGGUAUGGGUUUUCCGGAAAAUGGAGCGAUGAGGGUAAAGUGAUUCUAAUCAUAGUCAUGUUUUUUGGUAGACUCAAAAAGUUCAAUAUGAAUGGAGGUCAAGCAUGGAAACUAUUGUAGUAACUUAUUUUAAUUGUAAAUUGUAAUUAAUAAAUUAAU